GGAACAUACUGGGAAAAAACCCCAAAUGUAAUUGCUUUUGUGUCACGCACUUCACUGGCCAAUGUGUUGACAUGGCCUGUGACACAUAAGUAUAGGCCUAUUCGGGAAGUUCGACGGGUCCUGUUCCUGUUCCUGUUCCUGUUAAUUGCCCCAAAGCCGCAAAUACAGAGCUUACACAAAAAAAAAAAAAAAAACACUUGCAGCUUCUCGGAGAAGAAAUAUAGAAAAGGACAGAAAAUGGAGACAUCAAAGAUAACAACAGAAGCAGAAACAGCGAGGCACACGUGUCUAAAGCUCGAAAUCACCGAACCAAUAUUCGUAAAAGGGACAUGGUUCGACUCCCACUUCCACCUCUCCAUCACCGAUGGGCUCAACGCUUGGGUCUGCAACGCGACAGAAGGGCAAGUGAAAGAGAGAGCAGCGCAGUGGGACCAGCCGGUGUCUGAAUACAUCAAUUUAGCCGAACAUUACUUAGGGUUUCAGCAGCCCGGUUCAAUCUAUCGGUUCGCUGAUGCCGGUGAUAGCCAUAAACGCUUGUCAUGGACAUUUGAAAAGGAAGGGACAAAGCUAGAAUGGAGAUGGAAAUGCCAACCAUCUCCUGAUAAUAAGAUGACUACUGCAGGAAUCUUGGACUUUCUCAUGGAUGCUAAUAUCAGGCUCAGUGAAGAAGUUGUUAAGAAGACUCGUUCGUUCGAGCGGUUAAAGGAGGAAGCUGACAAGUGUUUGACACAAAGUGAGAGAUUUGCCGGUGAGAAAACUGAAUUUGAAUCUUCAAUAUAUGCAAAGUUUCUUGCAGUCUUGAAUUCAAAGAAACGAAAGCUCAGGCAGCUUCGAGAUCAGCUCUCAAAGAAGGAAGCUUCAGGAAAAUUGCCACAAGAAGAGGAAGAAGAAUCCACAGACAAAACUGAGAGUUUUGAAGAAGAUAGUAGUGAUGGUGACAAGAGUGAGGAAGAACCUCUGGAAAAAGUUACAGGAACUUCAGAGGAUAAACCAUCAAGCAGGGGGCGUGGUAGAAAGAGGAUCACACGCAAGUAGCAUCUCACACUGGCAAAUUUCAGGUUCCAGCAGGUUUUAGCAUGCCAACAAGUUGAAAGAUAACGUAGGAAAUAGGAACCUGGGAUGCUGGGAUGAAGGGUUUUUUUUUUUUCAAUCAUCUAUGUGAUUAUCUUUUGACCAUAGGCUUUAGGUUUAUUAUUGCCCAGUCUUCUGCCUGAAAUAUUAUGUUUGAUGUGUUAUAAAUUUUAACUGUUGACAUAAUGCAUCAACAUCAUUAUUACCAGAAGGAAUUAAGGUUUAAAACCAAGUGUAAUUUCUUCA